AAGGCUGAAUCAUCACUCCUCAGCACAAUUUUCAUUGUCUCUCCAGUUAUUGGCUGUGUUUUUAUUUGUUGGAGAAAUGCAAGAGCAGGCCACGAGUUCUAUCGCCGCCAGCUCUUUACCUUCGAGCAGUGAGAGGUCUUCUAGCUCUGCCCUUCACGCCGAAGUUAAACAAGGCAUGGAGAGUGAUGAUGAGAUCAGAAGAGUGCCGGAGAUGGGGGCGGAGGCGGCUGUUACGACAGCCUCGGGCCAGGAUGGGGGUUCGGCUGUGGGGCCCACUCAGCCGUCAGCAGGGGGUUCUAAGAGGAGAGGGAAGAGCCCUGCUGACAAAGAAAACAAGAGGUUAAAAAGGUUGUUGAGGAAUAGAGUCUCAGCCCAGCAAGCGAGGGAGAGAAAGAAGGCAUAUUUGAUCGAUUUGGAGGCUCGAGUUAAUGAGUUGGAAACUAAGAAUGCUGAGCUUGAAGAGAGGCUCUCCACUUUGCAAAAUGAGAACCAAAUGUUGAGACAGAUACUGAAGAACACAACUGCAGGCGCGCAAGAGGGAAGAAAGUAGGUAUGCAUUGUUCAAAUGUUGGGUGUGAAUUGAAGAACGAGAGGGCAAAAAGAGUCCCUCCAAGGCAAGUUGUGUUGGAUCUCCACACUCUUGUCAGUUGAGACGGGUUCCGAUGUGCUGGCUUCUUCCCCCGGUUAAUGAUGGUAUGCAGUUGAAUUAUUGUAGGAUGCAUUAGCUGCUGCUAGAGCUAGAGUUGUUGUAAGCAUUUAAUGGUAGAGAGAUAAGGUUGCUAUGAAUUAUGGGAUGAAAUUGUAUGUUCUCUAUCUUCUCCCUUACAGUUUCAAGAAAUUGAGGAUCUUGUUGUUUCACAAA